AUGGCGUCGGGCCUGGGUGCUCUGCUUCUCCUCCUGGCCAUGGCGGCGGCGUGGCUUGCCGCAGACGUCGUCGCUGGCGCCGCCGUCGGCCCGGUCUUCAACGUCACGGACUUCGGCGCGGUCGCGGACGGGAAGACGGACGACUCCAGGGCGUUCCUGAGGGCGUGGAUGAAGGCGUGCGCGACGCCCGGGAGGCCCGCCGUCGUCGUCCCCGGGGGCGGCGGGAGCUACCUGCUGCACCCGCUCGUGUUCCGCGGCCCGUGCAGGGGGUACAUGGAGGUGCGCGUCGCCGGCGUCCUCCGCGCGCCGGCUGGGCUCGGCGCCUUCCGAGGCUGCCGCGAGUGGGUCCACUUCUCCAACGUCGACGGGCUGCUCGUCACCGGUGGCGGCACGUUCGACGGCCGCGGCGCCACCGCGUGGCCGCUCAACGAGUGCCCCAAGCGACGCGAUUGCACGCUCCUCCCCACCUCCAUCAAGCUCGGGCGCGUGAGGAACGCGACCAUCACCGACGUGACGUCGCUGGACAGCAAGUUCUUCCACGUGACGGUGGCCGGCAGCCAGGGCGUGCGCAUCCACCGGGUAAGCAUCCGGGCGCCGCGCGACAGCCCCAACACCGACGGCGUGCACAUCCAGGGCUCCUCGGACGUCCGCGUCACCGACUCCGCCGUGGCCACGGGCGACGACUGCGUCUCCGUCGGGCCCGGCAGCUCCGACGUGGUGGUGUCCGGGGUGACCUGCGGCCCCGGGCACGGCAUCAGCGUCGGCAGCCUCGGCAGGUACCCCGGCGAGGAGGACGUCCGGCGGCUGCGCGUCGCCAACUGCACCAUCGCCGGCACGUCCAACGGCGUGCGCAUCAAGACGUGGCGCGGCGGCUCCCGGCCCACCGCCGUGGCCGGGCUCGUCUUCGAGGACAUCGUCAUGCGCAAGGUCCGCAACCCCAUCAUCAUCGACCAGGAGUACUGCCCCUACGCCUCCUGCCACCGCGAAUCGGAGCAGCGGCCGUCGGCGGUGAGGAUAAGCGACGUCAAGUUCAGGAACAUCCGCGGCGUGUCGGCGACGCAGGUGGCGGUGAAGCUGUCGUGCAGCGAGGCGAGCCCGUGCCGGGGGCUGGAGCUCAGGGACAUCGACCUGCGGUUCGUCAGGCGCGGGGUCGCCACCCAGUCGCAGUGCGCGCACGUCGCCGGCGGCGUGGUCGGCGGCACGCUCGUGCCUCCCUCCUGCAUAGGAACGCUGCCGCCGCCUGCUGCAUGCUCUGGAUCCAAGAACUGA